AUGGCUUCCCCUCCUGGCCCUCGCCGGUGGUCGUUCAAUGGCAUCGGGUCGUUUGCCCACCUCGACUACGUCAAGUGCCUGACGAACCCGCAGGAAAAGUACGACAUUGCCAUUAUCGGCGCGCCCUUUGACACGGCCGUUUCCUUUAGACCAGGCGCCCGGUUUGGUCCCAGGGCGAUCCGGCAGGCCUCGUCGCGCCAGACGUCGCUGCGCGCCUUCAACCCGCGCGCCAACAUCAACCCGUACCAGAACUGGGCCAGGAUCAUUGACUGCGGCGACAUCCCCGUCACGCCGUUUGACAAUGCCAUUGCGACGGAGCAAAUGACGCAGGCGUUUCGGAACCUGGGCAGGGCGCGGCCCGUGAGCUCCUUGAGCGCCGGCAAGCCCAAGCUUGUCACGCUCGGCGGCGACCACAGCCUCGCGCUGCCUGCGCUGAGGGCCCUCAAGGAGAUUUACGGAAAGCCCGUUCGCGUGCUUCACUUUGACGGUACUCACCUGGACACGUGGGACCCGGCCGCCUACCCGUCGGCAUGGGGCUCGACGCACUUUACUCACGGCUCCAUGUUCUGGAUGGCCAGCCAGGAGGGCCUGCUGUCCAACGCGUCGGCAGGGCAGUCUGUCCACGCGGGGCUGCGGACGCGCCUCAGCGGCACCGACUGGGCGGACCACGAGGCCGACACGGCGCAGAACUGGGUGCGCUUCGCUGCCGACGAGAUUGACGAGGUGGGCACGCGCGGCAUCGUCGAUGGCAUCAUGGCCGUGCUGGGCACCGAGGACCCCGUGUACCUGUCUGUCGACAUCGACGUGCUGGACCCGGCGUUUGCUCCCGGCACGGGCACCCCCGAGCCGGGCGGCUGGACGACGAGGGAGUUUAUCAGGAUCCUGCGGGGCAUCGAGGGCCUGAAUCUCGUGGGCGCCGACGUCGUCGAGGUGAGUCCUGCGUAUCAGGGGCGCGGGGAGGAGACGGCGCUGGCGGCCGCGCAGGUGGUUUAUGAGAUUCUGAGCUCCAUGGUGAAGAGGGGCUUGGAGGACGGCGCCGGGGAGAAGGCGGCCGGCGCCAAGGAUGAGUUGUAG